AUGGCCGGGGAGGAGGUUGCCUGCGAGCCCGUCGCCGCCGCGAUUCAGUCCCCGCCGAGCAAGCGAGGGCCCUUCGGCGGAGAGGGGAGCAGCCGCCUCGUCUCCCUCCAGUACAUCUGCUCCUUCGCGGGCUGCGAUGCCACCUUCAACAAGGGCUGGAAGCUGGACGCCCACCUUUGCGGCCACACCGGGGAGCGACCCUUCGUUUGCGAUUAUGAAGGUUGUGGCAAAGGCUUCACAAGAAACUUCCACCUGAGGCGCCAUUUUCUUACACACACCGGAGAAAAGCAAUUUGUGUGUACAGCUGAUGGCUGCGGCAAAAAAUUUACAACAAAAUCAAACUUGAAUAAGCACAUGGGACGCCAACACAGCAAUCGCCAAUAUGUGUGUGACUUUGCAAAUUGUGGGAAGUCUUUUAAAAAACAUCAGCAGUUGAAAAUUCAUCAGUAUCAACAUAGGACAGUACCAUUCUUCAAAUGUAGUCACGAAGGAUGCGGAACGUACUUUACUACACCUAGCCACUUAAAACGCCAUGAAAAGACUCAUGAAGGCUAUACAUGCAAGGAAGCUGGCUGUUCAUUUAUUGCAAACACGUGGUCGCAACUCCGGAAACACACAAAAGAUGAGCAUGUGGAGCCAGCAGUUUGCAGCGUGUGUUCCAAAACAUUCAGACGUAAAGAUUACCUCAAAUCCCACCAAAAAAUUCAUGCCUUGGAGAGAGAAGUGUUUAGAUGUCCAAGAGAAGGCUGUGGAAGGACUUACACCAGUGUGUUCAAUCUUCAAAGCCAUAUUGUCUCUUUCCAUGAGGAGAAAAGGCCGUUCUCAUGUGACCACCCUGGCUGUGGAAAAGUCUUUGCAAUGAAACAAAGUCUCGAAAGGCAUGCUGUGGUACAUGACCCAAAUAAGAAGAAGCUGAACUUAAGUAAAGAGCGUCCAAAGCGAAGUCUGGCCUCUCGCCUCAGUGGCUACAUCCCACCUAAAGCACAGCGAAGUGGACUGUCAAUGGAUGAGACUUUAACCACACAAAACCAUGUGGAGAACACACUGCCAAAUGUUGAAACACUGUGUCUAGACUAGAGUUGUAGAUGAGCUUCAUGCACUUGAAUGGCUUUAUGAUGUCACUGUUGGUAAGUUUGUAGUCAGUACAGGAAACUGUAUUUGCUUUGAAAUGUUUCCACUUUUUGUAGAAAAAUAAAAUAAUCACUGCUUGAGAA